AUGACUUCUCAUGCUGUUCUUAUUGUAGUUAUUACUGAAGUAAAAAGUAGCCAACUAUGUUCACACGGCUUCGCUAAAUACAAGCCAUCGAAUGAAAUGUCUUAUACCAUUCGAUGGAAAUAUUUUUUUCCUAUAAACGAACAGCCCCAAAUAAUCACGACUGGUAACAUCGUAUGUUUUUCAGAAAAAUUUGUAGUUGAAAAUUCUGAACAGUGUCUCACCAUAGCAUCUGCAAACAUUCUUGAUGCUGGAUAUUCAAAUCAUGAAUUUAGUAUCACCAACAUUCCUUCAUGUAUCCCGCACUGUAUGCUUUCUGCAUUCGUUACUCAUACUUCCCAAAAAGUUAAUGAUUUUAUCUAUUUCGGUAUGGAAUGUUUGGAAUAUAAUGCUAUUACCAGUACAUCAAAUGUCAAGAUGAAGAUAACUGUUCUUUACCCCUUCCACUCAAUAAGAUUUCAAAAAUAUUUGGGCCCUUCAGGGUCAAACAUUAAAUUAGAUAACGUUUAUUUGAUUUUUGGGUUUAUCAAAUUUUCAACUUCUGGUAAUCUUAUGAUAGAGGCAACCGACAUAGAUUAUAUAAGAAAAAACGUGAAUUCUAAUAUAUUUGAAAGUUCCUUUUCGUUACCCAGUACCCGAUCAAUUAUUGACAUUAUUGCUGAUAAUAUUGAAUCUGCUACUACUUCUACUCAAAAACAGGAUCAUUCUUCAAUUAAAUCUAAUACUAUUGCUGCUCAUAAAUCAUCUGAAACUCCAAUA